AAGCGGCUCCUAGACGGAACCGGCUCGAGAACGCAGCCAUGGCUGCGGGCGUGCCCUGUGCGCUGGUCGCCAGCUGCUCCUCCACCUUCACCGGGGACCGUCUGGUCCAACAUAUCCUUGGAACAGAGGAUCUUAUUGCAGAAGUGACUUCCAGUGAUGCUGUGCGAUUUUAUCCCUGGACCAUUGAUAAUAAGUACUAUUCAGCAGAUAUCAAUCUGUGUGUGGUACCAAACAAAUUUCUCGUCACUGCAGAGAUUGCAGAGUCUGUCCAAGCAUUUGUGGUUUACUUUGACAGCACACAAAAAUCUGGUCUGGAUAGUGUCUCAUCGUGGCUUCCAUUGGCAGAAGCAUGGUUACCUGAGGUGAUGAUCUUGGUCUGUGAUAGAGUGUCUGAAAACGGCGUAAACCGACAGAAAGCACAGGAAUGGUGCAUCAAACAUGGCUUCGAAUUGGUAGAACUUAGUCCAGAGGAGUUGCCUGAGGAGGAUGAUGACUUUCCAGAAUCUACAGGAGUGAAGCGAAUUGUGCAAGCCUUGAAUGCGAAUGUCUGGUCCAAUGUGGUGAUGAAGAAUGAUAGGAACCAAGGCUUUAGCCUUCUCAGCUCAUUGGCUGGAGCAAACCGUACCACUGGGUCAGCAGAGAGCUGUCGCUCAGAGCAGCAGCCCCAUUUGCCAGCAGGAGAUAGGACUGAAUCUCUCUUGGAUCAUCGAGGUGGUGCAUCUAACACAGCAGAAACCCAGGUUGAUAGCAUUGUGGAUCCCAUGUUAGAUCUGGAUAUUCAAGAAUUAGCCAGUCUUACUACAGGAAGAGGAGAUUCGGAGAAUUUUGAAAGACUAUUUACAAAGUUAAAAGAAAUGAAAGACAAGGCUGCGACGCUUCCUCACGAGCAAAGAAAGUUGCAUGCAGAAAAGGUAGCCAAAGCAUUCUGGAUGGCAAUUGGGGGAGACAGAGAUGAAAUUGAAGGCCUUUCGUCUGAUGAAGAAAACUAAAUUAUUUGUACUGGGGUUUGACUAGCCGAAGUGCUAUAUAUAACUCUUUUUACGUGAGUUAAGGGGAUACUUUCCUACUCAACCCAGUUAUAUUUUGCUGAAAUUCCAAUCAUGUUGGCUACCUGGUGUGUUUAUAGGGCUCCCUUAAUUUAAUUUUUAGUAGUGGUUUCAGGAGAAAUCUUUCCUCCCUCAGUGUACUAUAAGGGAGUGAAGAGUAUAAUGACAAUGAGGAGUGGGAGUUUUUCAGAUAGACUUUUUGUUUUAGGGGUGAGGGUGGAAUGAGACUUAGAAGUCUGUGUAAUUUGUCCAAGUUAUAGAAGAAGAAGAAAAUCGCCAAGCCACUUCUAGUCGACCUUUUAAGUAGCAUUCCCUGCAUUCAAACUUGGUUAUCACACAUCCGGAGCUGUGUCAUCCUUCCGAGCGUUGUAGAUUUUCUGGCGACACUGUUGCUUUACUGCUAUCAAGGAACAUGCUGCUCUGAGCUAUGAUGCUUUUGAUGGGAAGAAAGGAGGCAGCUGCAGAUCUGAUUUACUCCAGUAUAGGUGGGGCCAAAGACAGGCCCUCGGGUUAGUCUCCAAAGUAUGCUUCUGGGCUUUUCAUUUGAAGAGUUAAGAGCUCAUGAUAGAAAUUACUGAAAAGCUAGUGUGAAUUUUUAGACUAUGGUAAAUGAGGCAAAGGUUUCUUACUCUGGUAGUGAUAAAACAAACUCUUCCACUGAAUUUUUGUAGUGCGUGUGUGUGUUUUAAGGGAGAGACAGAACCUUAAGGGAUUCCUCUAUGGACCAGAGAAACAGUAUGUGGUUGCAUACUGAGAUUUUUGUGUUGGCAUCAUCGUGAAGAAACUCUUAGAGGUCUUAGACCUUAGAGGUCUCCCCUGCUACUUGAGAUGUCAGAGCUGUGUUGUCACACUUUGUACCCUCAAAACAAGGCAAGAUUCUCCCUCUUUCUCUUUGAAAGCCAAACAGAGAACACUGCCAAACUAGUGACACUAAGGACUGAGAGCUGAGGAAGGGCCUGAAACAUGAGGCAGUGAAUUCCGGAGCACCUGGUUGACUUCUGGAGCUUGGUGACGCCUCGGUGCCCUCCCAGGUCUGCAGCCAUCAGGGAACACCUUUGUUCUUUAUCCUCUGAGAGGGCGAGGUCAUGCUGAGUGGGUCAGCCCCACCCAGGGAAACUGAUCACCAAAGAGAAGGUUCCCAGAGGAAGAGUGGAAAGUACAACAAAUUAAAACCCUUGUUUCUGUUGUUGUAGAUAGUUUUUAAACGCAUGUCAUUACCUUUCGCCGUGAUGAAUGCCGUGGCUGUACACCGGCACCUCGAACAGCAUGGGUGGUGCCAGCAUACAGGGUGACAGUGGGUUCUUGGCUGGUGUGGGCUAUGAACCUGUUCACACUGUGCAGGCAGAAGAAAGACAAGCUAAGUUACGAGAGCCAAGUUCCAUACCCCCUCCCAGCGCCCUCAUAUAAGCGCUGUAAACCGGAAGUAGGUGGCAGAGGAAUAUCCAGUGCCUGGCCAGGGCCACCACAGGGAGGAGAGGUUCCAGUAAUGGGAACAUUCGGGAAGAGGCAUUUCAGGGAACAUUGGAAGCUGUCUUGCUUGGUGAACUUUUUUUCUUCUUCUUUUUUUAUUGUUCUCUUGUUCUUUGAGACUAUAGUUCACCACCAUUGCAUCAGUAUUUCUUGACUGCAUUAGCCAUUGAUUGAGGAUGUAAGGAAAGUUGGCUCUGGGGUUGCAAGAUGAAAGAUGGAAUAUGUUUUUCUUAAAACAUGAAAGGUUUUGGAAACUAUGUUAGCCCACCUGGUUAGGGAAACAGACUAGAAAAAGCUGUGAACUUGAUUUUGUGGAUUAAACAAACCCAGGAGAUUAAAAUGUGAUUUAUUUAUAAAGUCUGCUAAUGUGUAUUAUGAUUUUGUUGUUUUUUUUUUUAGUGGGGGAUGUGAGUGAGGGAAACCCUCAUAUCCUUCACUGAAUUAGGCAUAAAUUCUGAAUAGUUAAGGGUUUGUCAAACUCACUGUUUUGGAAUCCACCACGCAUGUGUAUAAUGUCAAAUCACUUUCUUAAGACGUCAGCUAUCAGGGGAGGUCGGCCACUUCUCGGGCAUAUGUGGGACAGAGGUAUCCGACGGCCUGUGUUAGGAAGAGUGAUUACAAGCUAAUACUGCAGUAAAGUGCAGCCUCUCUGAGCUGACCUUUGUACAUGCCACUGCAAGUUAUUAUGGACCAUCCAACUGGGAUUUAAAAUAAGAGACUCAGCUUUUUUUUCUUUAACAUCUAUUUGCUUAACACAGUGUUUGGCACAUAGUAGGCCCUUAAUGUUGGUUGGGCAGUAUGGUUCGUAUUUGAUAGUUUGAUGGCUGUGAUCACAAAGUUUGAGGAUUGUAAGUGUUGGGAGGUAGGGAGAGACAAGAAUAAACGUUUUUUUUUCCUUCUGAGAAAAUCAUGUGUUAUGUAAUAAUUUUAGAAUGAUGAAGACAUAGAUAUUUUUAUAAUUUUAAAAUAUGCUAUCCUGCCAGAGUAUGAGAAGAUUGACAGAACCAGUUUGCUUGCUCUCUAUUUAUAGAACUUGGCCACGUCUGAUUCAGAGAAGCUAGAGAUUCAGGGAAGCUAGACUUAGAUGGCUGACUAAUAUGCGAUGUGGUUCAAGGACCAUAGAGCAUGUCAGGCCAUUCCUGCAAACUUCUUAUAACAGGUGAAACGUGACAUCUGGCUCAUGUCAUCUUCCCUCUGUCGAGAGGUGUGGACAGUUUUGCCUUGGUUUGUCAAAUUCCCUUCACCUUGGGCCAAACUCUUAACAAUAGACAUUGAGAGAGCACGUGGAGUGCCCCUUGCCCUGCCUUGGCCUGCCAUGGAAAAACGGUCUUGUAAGAAUCACUAUCUAAGGGUAAGAUGAGAGCCCCAUAAACUGUUCUGAGCUUGAGUGUUUGCUGAUGCAAAGCUAAAUUUAGCAGAUGGUCUGAUGUGGUCAGGGGUUCUGAUUCAUUGAGUUCUGAUUGAUGGAGACAGAGUCGUAGUGAAUGAUGAGUUAGGUUUGCCCUCCACCCCCCGCCUCCAAAUUUUUCAGACAGACAAGACAGUUCAGCUGUAGCAUCUUGUUAAAUGCCAAAUCUUACUAGAGGGCUACUGGUGGAAAAAGUGUGAAAAAUCUGGUUCAGUGCACUGAACCUCAUCCCACCCCAGUGGGGGUCUGACACCACCACACCAGCAUGAACUUCCCCGUUAUUUGUGUGCCUCAUAGAAGCAUAAUGGGAAUGUGCAGGACACAGUUCUAGCUUUUGAUUUAGAUUUCACUCAGGGUUUAGUUGAGGAUUCAUCCUGGCACCUUUGGCUUGUAAACUCUUUCAGACAAGGUCUUAGAGAUUCUUCAUGUUUCAUAUUUUGACUAUUACCUACACCCAUUAAUAACAUCACAGGCCAUGCUCCUAAUGUAGAUCUCUUCCCUCAAGUGUGCAUACUGCAGUUAUUCUCCUGCAUAAAGUGUCUUACUUGGUUCUGAGUGUUUCUCUGCUCUGUGAAGAAUUAACAGGAGGUCAUAGCAGCAGUACAGGCUUUUUGUUGGAGCACUACUGAGCCCCAGCACUUAAUGAUUUACAGUUCUACUUUGUUUCCUAUUGGAAAAAUAUUGAUUCAAAACCUGGACCUAAUGGUUAUUACUGCAUCUUUGGAACACAGGCUUGGAAAAAAAGAAAAAAAAAUCUAUGUGUGCUUUUAUGUGUAUCUGGGUGCAUCUGUUAAUAGGCCCAAACCCUCCCUCUCCACAACUACAAAACUUGGAGGCAUAA